CUGACUGACGGAAAGUUUCAGCUUUUGGCCAAUUUCAGUAAUAACAAAACUAUCGCUGCGCAGUCACAUGAUCUAAUAACCCCUGAGGGAUAAUACAGGGAGUAGGGAAGCAGAAGAGCUUACAAUCUAACUGAAGCCCAGGUGCCAUUAGCCCUACAGUAAGUUACGGAACCCGAUGGGUCGGUUUGGGAGGUGUAAGAGGGUUCUGGGAGUUGCAGUUCUGUGAGGGCUCCCACCUUGCUGCCGCCUCAUAUCAAUCCCCUCUCACUCGCUCUCACACUAACUCCGCUCCGUACGGUGCAGCUGAACCUGAUAGCGCAGCCAGCCAAUCGCUGGUCACCGCGCACUGAUAGCCGGGGAUCCACCGGCCAAUGGGAAAGAAGAAUCUGCCCAGUUUUGCUAUGGUAACCGGGACUCCGGCGGCCUCUGUCAAGUGAAGGGGGCGGGAUCCAAAGAUGGAAGUGGGCGGGGCAGGUGACUGAACAGGAGGAGGAGUCGCUCGGAGAGCAAAGGAGAAGCAGCAGCGCCGGCACUGAGGGACCAUGGGAACCGGGCAGGUACGAUGGGGGAGGAUGUCACUCAUUUGCUCUUCGCUUCUCCUGCUCACGUCAUUGGCUGCUGUAAGCGCCGUCCCCAUCGAUAAGGACAAGGCGAAAGUGAAGGUGGAGCCAAUGGAAGAGGAGCAAAAAUCCCAAUCAGCAGACACUGGACUUUUUUAUGACCGAUAUCUCAGGGAAGUGGUGGAAGUUCUGGAAACCGACAGACAUUUCCGCGAGAAGCUCCAGACGGCGGAUAUUGAAGAUAUCAAGAGCGGGAAGAUCAGUAAAGAACUGGACCUAGUGAGCCACCAUAUCCGCACCAAGCUGGACGAACUGAAGAGGCAAGAGGUGGCCCGACUGCGCAUGUUGAUCCGCGCCAAGAUGGACCAAGGGGACGAUACGGGGAUGGAUCACCGGGCGCUGCUCAGGCAGUUUGAGCAUCUGAAUCAGAACAACCCGCACUCAUUCGAACCCCAGGACUUGGACCUGCUGAUCAGAACUGCAACAAAGGAUCUGGAAAAUUACGACAAAACGCGCCACGAUGAGUUUAAACGCUACGAAAUGAUGAAGGAGCACGAGAGGCGCGAGUAUCUGAAGACACUGGAUGAGGAGAAGAGGAAAGAGGAGGAAGAGAAAUACGAGGAGAUGAAGAAAAAGCACAGGGAGCACCCGAAAAUUAAUCACCCUGGGAGCAAAGACCAAUUAAAGGAGGUUUGGGAGGAGACGGACGGACUCGAUCCCACAGACUUUGACCCCAAGACUUUCUUCAAACUUCAUGAUACAAACAGUGAUGGAUUCAUUGAUGAGCAGGAACUGGAGGCUCUGUUUACCAAAGAGUUGGAGAAAGUCUAUGAUCCCAACAAUGAGGAGGAUGACAUGGUGGAGAUGGAGGAGGAGCGGCUGCGGAUGAGGGAGCACGUAAUGACAGAGGUGGAUCUGAACAGGGACCGGCUCAUCGACCUGCAGGAGUUCAUUAGGGCCACGGAGAAGAGGGAGUUCCUGGAGCCCGACGGCUGGGAGACGGUGGCCGAUCAGCCGAUUUACACUGAGGAGGAACUGCAGGAGUUUGAGAAGCAGAUUCUUCAGCAGGAGGAGGAGCUAAAGAGGAAAGCGGAUGAGUUGUACCGACAGCGGGAGGAUCUGCAGAAACAGCACGAGUACAUCCAGGCCCAGAAACAGGAGCUGCAGCAGGUGGUGCAACAAAUGGAACAGAAGAAACUGGAGCAGCAACAGCCUGUGCCGCCGGCCGUACCGGAUGCCAACUUCCAGCAAGGUGGCGACCAGGCCGUCCAUCUUGGAUCCCAGCAGCCUCUGCCCCCCGGGCACCUCCCAGAAGCGGGCGUUCCACAGAGCCACCCAGUCCCAUAAUCUGCCUCCUCUAAAUAUUUAUCAUUUUAUUUUUUUUUUGUCUUGUUUUCCAAAAAAAAUUCCAGCCCCUCCUUCUCUUCUAUACGAGACAAACGGACUCGGACGCGGGGCCCUCGGAUUCGCCAAGCGCCAUUUUGGCGUUUGGAGAAAAGAGAAGUCCCAGCCCGCUGCCUGAUCUCUGGGACUGGACGCUGAAGCUGCCAUAUUGGUUGUGGGAAAGGAAAGCCAUAUUCUUCCCACCGACAGAGUCUGCAUCGUGGAUGUUGUAUUGUUGGACCAAACCAAGUGGGAAGGGGUUGAACUGAUUCAUUUCUAAUUGCCCCGCCCCCUUUUGUCGUCGUGGGUUUGUUUGUUAUUGUUGAGUCCAAAUAAAGUACAAACUAAUACUCUAUCUGUGCCCACCCGCGGGGUGGGGGUGCCAAUGUUGCCUAAUCACUUGCCUUUUGAUAGUUUAUGGGGGGUUCUAUGUAACCGCCCCCCCCCAAAGAAUACACUGUGCCGAUAAGGAACAUUUUACCCCGUGUUGUUGCCCCCAGAGACCCUCUAUGUCUGUAUGUGGCCAGGAAGAGGUUAAGCUGCUCGAAGUUGCACUUGUUGCCCCCCCCCAGCCACGUCCCCAGCGCGGGGGGGUAACUCUCACUGUACUUUCCCCUUUGCCAUUUUGUCUUUUAAUUGUAGAAUUCUCUUUCUUAUCAGAAAAUGUUACUUUUACUUCCUGUGCGAGAGAAAUGUGAUUUAUAGAAUCCUGCCCAAUAAAUAUACCCCUCUUUGCACCC